GGCGUCGCCAGGCCGCUGCUUUGUGGCCGACAGACCCCCCCCCCCCCCCCGCCGCAGGACGCCAUGGAAUUCCCCGAGCACAGCCGGCAGCUGUUGCGGGGGUUGCGGGAGCAGCGAGCCCAGGGUUUCCUUUGCGAUUGCACCGUGCUGGUGGGCAGCGCCCCGUUCCCGGCCCAUCGCGCCGUCCUGGCCGCCUGCAGCGCCUUCUUCCACAUGUGCUACGCCGAGAGGUUGGACAAGGGCGACUUGGUUUGCCUGAACAGCGAGAUCGUCACGCCGCCCGCCUUCGGGCUGCUGCUGGAAUUCAUGUACGAGGGGCGGCUGGCGCUGGCCGCCACGCCGCUGGAGGACGUGCUGGCGGCCGCCAGUUACCUGCACAUGAACGACGUCGUCAAGCUCUGCAAGAAAAAGCUGCAGGCGCGGGUGCCGGCCGAGGCUGACAGCACCAAGCGGGAGGAGGACGCCCCUGGCAGCCCCCCGCUGCCCCCCGCCACCCCCCAGCAGCACCCGCCCAGCCCUGGGGCGCCCAUCCUGGCCCUCCCGGGCCCGGUCCCCCAGGCUGGGGGUGGCGAGGAGCAGGGCGCGCUCCCCCCUGAGCCGCCGGUGCCCCGCGUGGACGUGGCCGACACCACGCAGCCCGGCAUGGAGGGCGACUGGCCCCGCGCCACCCCCCAGGAUCUCCCCCUCCCCAGCCCCAGCAGCUCGACAGAGGCCGCCCCCCGCGCCGCCUUCCCCGGGGGUGAGCUGCCCGCCCCGGGGGGGCUCUGCGCCGGGCCCUGGGCACCCGCUGCCCCUGGGGGGCUGCUGCCCAACGCUGUCAAGGUGGAGGCCAUCGUGAUCUCCGACGAGGAGCCCGAGGCAGGUGCCCGCCGCCCCGCCGGCAUCUUCCCCGGGCCGUCCCGUGCCCCACGGCCCGCGGCCUUUGGGGAAGCAUCUGGGGAGCCGCUGCCCUUCGGGCUGCCGGCGCUGCGGGAGCCGUUGUUCCUGCCGCCGCUGGAGGGGCGCGGGGGCUUCGGGCUCUUCGCCGAGGAGGCUCCAACCUGCCCCACCUGCGGGAAAACCUUCUCCUGCUCCUACACCCUGCGCCGCCACGCCACCGUGCACACGAGGGAGCGUCCCUACGAGUGCCGCCAUUGCCUGCGCAGCUACACCCAGUCCGGGGACCUCUACCGCCACAUCCGCAAGGCCCACAGCCACGGGCCGCCCACCCGCGGCGGUGCCCACGCCGAUCACGACCGCGACUGCGACAACCCGCCCUAAGAGGGGGGGACGGGGGCGGUGGAACCGGCGGGCGGAGGGACCCG